AUGGAGGUGAACAGCCCCGGGUCAACGUACGCGAGUCGACAAUCAUCCCCAAAACCUAUAACCCCUCGUAGCCCUAGACACUUUGUGUUUCCACAAAAAGCCCCAAAGAGCCCAGGCAUUGGCCCCAAGUCUCCCAAAAGCCCCAAUUGUAAUGGCAUUACACACAGUGCUUCGCAUUGCGGAAUUGAGAGAAUAGGAAAUCGUUCUCCGAAAUCGCCGAUUAGAUUUGACUUCGAGAAACCAGCUUAUAAUGAAUCGCCGAAAUCGCCUCAGUGUGUGUUGAAGCAUUCUUCGUCCAGAAAUUCUAUGACACCCAAAACACACAUAACGACAAAUCCGGGCUACCAAAUUAUGAACAGUGAGGAUUUGAUUGCUGCUAAAAUUAGGAAUAGAGUCACUCGUAUGAGUUCUGGAAGUACUUCAGUGUAUUCUGAUAUUACAUUCACGGAAUCUAAUUCUGGAUCCAAUAUGGGCAGUUUUAGAAGAUGUAGGAAGUCUACGAGUGAUUUGACAGAUUUUGCUGAAACUACUACGUCCAUCCAAAGUAGCGAGGGACGACCUAGGAAACGUAGAGGAAGUAGUAAAGGUGGUUUGGCAUAUUUGGCUAAUAGAAGAAAUUCCAGAGAUUCAGCAAAAAGUCAUAAUGGAUCAACAACUUCCAUAUUUUCUAAUGAAGAUGUUGGCCCCCUGGCUUUCCAGAAGUCCGAAAGAGGAAGGCAACGGAGAACAUCCAACUUUUUAGAAUUACCAGUUCCAGACCAUGCCAGGCCGAGAGUCUGCUCCUUGCCUGAUCGUCCGUAUAAUCCUCGGGCGAGCGACGAUUUGUAUCGACUCCGAUCAUUUUCGAUCACGUCGAAAGGAAGUGUGGUGAAUUGUGGUGACAGCAUCAUCAGCAGGCGUUCCAGAUCGAACACCAGCGUCAAUUCCACAGCCAGCAGUAAUUUGGCCUCAGACAGAUCGCCCUUUGACAAUUGUUGUGGGGCCGGCUAUUUGGCCGUCGGUUCAAUAUCGCAGUCGACUUCGGAACCGUCGAGCCCCGGGGAGCCUCCACCAAACCCCAAAUAUCGAGUUGUUAUGCUGGGAGAUUCGGGUGUGGGGAAGACUGCCCUUGUUUCCCAGUUUAUGACUUCGGAGUACAUGAAUACUUAUGAUGCCAGUCUUGAUGAAGAAUUCGGUGAAAAAACAGUUUCCGUGUUACUGGACGGAGAAGAGAGUGAGAUGACUUUUAUCGAUCAUCCGGCGGUCGAGAUGUCGGUUGAAAAUUCUCUCUCUACAUACGAGCCACACGCAUGUGUGGUAGUUUACAGUGUGGUCGCCAAACACAGUUUUCAGUUUGCCGAAGAAACUUUGAAUUAUUUGUGGCAAGAAAAUAUUACGAAGGACAAAUCAGUGAUUGUCGUGGCAAAUAAAGCAGAUUUGGCGAGGGCCAGAGUCAUACCAAAUGCAGAUGGAAAAACUUUAGCAGCUUCACGUGAAUGCAAAUUUAUAGAAACAUCGAGUGGAAUUCAACACAAUGUGGACGAAUUAUUAGUUGGGAUACUUAAACAGGUUCGUUUAAAAGAAUCUCGAGACAAAAAACGUCAGCAACAAGAAAGCACUUCCUCAAAUGGAUCAAAUGGAAAAUUGAAAAAUUCGAGAACUCACGUCUCUCUGCAUUUGGCAAGAGAACUUUUGCAAAAAAUUUGCAUCAACGACAUCACGAAAAGCCGAAGUUGCGAAAAUCUACAUGUUCUAUGA